CUUUGCUCGUGGCUUCUUCACUGCCUCCUAGAUCUCCUACCCACACCUCAUUCCUCUCUUUUUUCCCAUCCUCGCUGAGGUUUUGAGAACCAUAGCAUCCCACAUCUUGCUUCACGACGAGUAAACAUGGAGAGAGGAAGGAGACGGCAUAUCCCGGCGUUCGGGGAGUGGAACCAGCAGUGCGAGGAGCUGCCCAUCACGCAGUACUUCGAGUCGGCGAUGCAGGCCGGCCUCGUCAGGGCCGGCCACUACUACCACGAUGCCGCCGGCGAGGUCGUGCUCUUCCGGUCAUCCGCCUCGCCACCUCCGCACAAGCCCGCCAAAAAGGUGCGGAGCACGAUGGAAAACCAGGGCCAGAUGGGGAGCAGGAGGGCGCAGGGGGCGUUCGUGGCCGACGGCGGGUCCCGCGUGCCGAGGAGGCCCAGGGUCGUUAGGGCGGUGGACGAGGACCUGUAUAAGGUCCCUCCCGACCUGCUCCGGAAGAGGGGCAAAGGGAGGAAGCACGUGAGGAGCUUGUGGAUGGGCUGCGUGGGGCUCAACUGCGUCGCGUGAAGACUGUGCAGUGGCUCCGGCCCGGGGCCAUGCCCUUUUGUCGUGUAGCCUUUCUUCCUUUUAUAAUCACCGUAUCGAAAACGAAAAGGCUAUGGCCAAUGGUGUGCCCUACUGCCACGCACGCAUACGCGUGUGUGGAUACUUUUACACUAGCACGAUCACUUUUCGGCCGCCGUGUUCUAGUUUUGUUUUACACAGGGGUAUGCAAGUCCGUAUUGCACCUUGUGGAGAACGAAACAGCUAGUACGUGAUGGCCUCCGGAUGUCACAUAUGUAUAUUACCCGGUGGAAAUGUAUGGUAGAUGAUCGGUUGCGCGAGGUGGCUAUCGUUCAUGUCUACG